AUGAGACUCCCCCUCCUCUCCCUCCUCACAGCUGGGGUUCUCGCCCAGUACUCCGACCCAGGCGCCUGCUCCGGCGACUGCUGGGCCCACGACCCGGGCUUCUACCAGCGAGUCUCGGACGGCCGGUACUUCCGCUACUCGACCGGUGCCGGAAUCUACAUCCACAGUUCGGAGAGCCUGGAGGGGCCGUGGGAGGCCGCGGGCCAGGCGCUGCCCGGGGGGUCGAGCGUCAAUCAUGCGGGGAGCACGAAUCUCUGGGCCCCAGAUAUCCACUACGAGGAAGCGACAGACCUCUACUACAUGUACUACUCCAUCUCAACCCUGGGCUCGCGCGACAGCGUAAUAGGCGUCGCGACCUCGUCCGACCUCGCCGCAAACUGGACCGACCACGGCGCCCUCUUCACCUCAGCCGAAGGCGGGUCUUACAACGCCAUCGACGCGAACUGGGCGUCCAUCGGCGGCUCCCCGGUCCUUACAUUCGGCUCCUACUGGAACGGCAUCCACCAACUCCCGCUAUCCGGCCCGCUGAGCCUGGCAGAUGGCGCGACACCGACGCAAAUCGCGUACAACUCGUCGGGGAACCACGCCAUUGAAGCCGGAUUCAUCUUUUAUCGACGCGGGUGGUAUUACCUUACCUUCUCGAGCGGACGGGCCGGCAGCUACGAUACGAAUCCCCCGGCCCAGGGGCAGGAGUAUCGGAUUGUGGUUUGUCGGAGUGCGGAGGGGACCGGGGAUUUCGUCGACAAAACCGGCGCUUCCUGCCUGACCGAAGACGGCGGCACGACGAUCCUCGCCUCGCACGGGGACGUCUACGGCCCCGGUGGGCAGGGCGUCUUUGAGGAUAGCUCGCGGGGCUGGGUGCUUUAUUACCACUACGCGAACCCGACGAUCGGGCUGUCGACGGCCGAUUACCAGUUUGGGUGGAAUGUGCUGCAGUGGGCGGAUGGGUGGCCGAGUGUUUAG